UCAAGCAAGAUGGGCAUCAACUACGGGCGUGUAGGGAACAAUUUACCGUCCCCAUCCCGAUCCAUCGAGCACAUCCAAUCGAUGAGAGCUGGGCGCGUGAAGCUGUACGACGUGAACCCGGAGAUCCUGAAGCUGUUAUCAGGAACCAAGGUUCAAGUCUCCAUCAUGGUCCAGAACCACGAGAUCCCAGGCAUUGCGUCGAGCCAGAUCCUAGCCAACAGAUGGGUGAGGAGCAACGUCCUCCCAUACUAUCCCAGCACGAUGAUCCGGUUCGUCCUAGUCGGCAACGAGGUCUUGAGCUACAACAGCACUGAUCUAGACCGCCAAUUGUGGCACGACCUCGUCCCUGCGAUGCACAGGAUCAAGAACUCGCUUCGGUCAAACAGCAUCCGUAACAUCAAAGUGGGGACCCCGCUGGCGAUGGACGUGGUCGAAUCCACAUUCCCUCCCUCGAGUGGGAGGUUCCGCUCGGAUGUUGCCGAAUCUGUGAUGAUGCCACUGGUCCGCUUCUUGAACAGCACGAGGUCUUACUUCUUCCUCGAUGUGUAUCCUUACUUCCCAUGGUCGCGGAACCCGGGUGACAUCUCUCUGGACUUUGCGCUGUUCCGCGCAAAUUUCAACUACACAGAUCCUGCAACCGGGUUGACGUAUACUAAUCUCCUGGACCAGAUGCUCGACUCUAUAAUAUUCGCAAUGGAAAGGCUCGGCUACUCGAACAUCCCACUUCUAAUUGCUGAGACCGGAUGGCCAAACUCUGGCGACAUCGACGAACCUGGAGCGAACAUCUACAAUGCUGCCUCGUAUAACCGCAAUCUGAUCAAGAAGAUGACGGCCGAGCCGCCAGCUGGGACUCCUGCUCGGCCUGGGGUCGUCAUACCGACCUUCAUCUUUGCCUUAUAUGAUGAGAACUGUAAGGCAGGCCCCGGGACGGAGCGGCAUUGGGGACUAUUACAUGCCGAUGGCGGCAGUGUUUACGAGAUCGACUUAACCGGGAAGAGACCCGCUUUGUCGUACGGGCCUCUGCCAUUGCCCACCAAUAACAGGCCCUACAAGGGAAAACUGUGGUGUGUGGCGAGGAGAGAUGCGAACACGACUGAUUUCAGCUCGGCAUUGAGCUCUGCCUGCAGGAGGGGAAACGGCAUGUGCGACACGCUUGCACCCGGGAGAGAGUGCCACGAGCCGGCAUCGACGUUUCGGCAUGCGAGCUACGCUUUCAGCGCCUACUGGGCGCAGUUCAGGAGCCGAGGCGUGACGUGCUACUUUGAUGGACUGGCGGAGCAGACUGUUAGAGACCCAAGUCGUGGAUCUUGCAAAUUCCCUAGCGUGACCCUUUGA